AUGGGGACCCGGUGGGCGGGAGUGGGGACAAGGCUGGGGACACCCGUGUCGGGGGUGUGGGAGCCCGAAGGGUCCCGUGAGGGCACCCAAGGGUCGGGGGGCUGCAGGGGGGGCAGUGGGGGUCCCGUCCCAGCCGGAGCCCCCCCGCAGGGCCCAGGGGAGAGCGAGUACUCGGAGCCCUUCGAGGGCGAGCAGGACCCGGCGCUCGAGGGCGGCUGCGACGAGGAGGCCACAGGCUGCCCGAGGCAGGGUGAGGGCCGGCGGGUGCGGCCGCGCCGGGGCCCCCAGCUCUACGACACCCCCUCCGAGGAGUGGGACACGGCCGGGGACGGCCCGGGGACACCCCCGGCCCGCGACAGCCGCCUCCCCCGCGACGACGAGCGCCCGGCCGAUGAGUACGACCAGCCCUGGGAGUGGAAGAAGGAUCACAUCUCACGGGCGUUCGCAGUGCAGUUUGAGAGCCCCGAGCGCUCCCCCAGCCUGUCCCGGCAGCUGCCGCGCUCCCCCCGGGCCCCCAGGCCGGGCUGUCCCCCCAGCCCCAGGCACGUGGACACCUCGCUGCCCCUGGAGAAGCAGGCCUGGUACCACGGCCCCAUCGGGCGGGCGGGCGCCGAGACGCUGCUGGCGCUGUGCCGCGAGGGGAGCUUCCUGGUGCGGGACUGCGAGACCAGCCCCGACGACUACUCCCUGUCCCUCAGGAGCAGUCAGGGUUUCGUGCACGUGAAGCUGACGCGGACCCGGGAGCAGCACUUCACUCUGGGCCGGGCCGGUGCCGCCUUCCCGUCGGUACCGGCGGCCGUGGGGCACUACACGGCCCGGGCGCUGCCCGUGCGCGGCGCCCGCCACCUGUCCCUGCUGUACCCCGUGGCCGUGCAGCCCCUGUGAGCCCGGGACCCCCCGGGACCCCCGACCCCCAUUAAAGCCGCUGUGUCACAUC